AUGCUGGGAAGUUGUGCACGUGCCGAGUGGAGUGAAAUGGCCGGCUGCCUAGAGUCGCUCCGUCUCACUGAGAGCUUGAAAACUUCCCAGCUAUACGAGCAUCUCCCACGGGCCUCUCACAACAUCUCACCACACCAAAACAUCAUCGCGAACUACCAACCUCGAUUUAAAACACCGGUUGCCGCCCAAACACUGAAAAGAAUGGUCAACGCCACCUACUCUGUCUACAUGCGUCAUGGUCGCCGUGCCCAAAUGGACCGGUGGGCAUGUCAGCGCGCCGAAAUACAAGCACAUGCCACGCAAGCUGUGGAAUCCGUGGCAAACGUGGUCAAGGAAACGACUAUUCUGCAGAAGUCAUCAUUGCUGGAACUGCCAGACGAGCUCCUCUUGCAGAUAGCGGGCUAUCUUCGACCCACUCAACGCUUGAGCAGUGCGGACGGUUUCCCAGACAUCCCGCCACGGGAACUCUCACCGGGCCUGUUUGAGCCGAAAGCAGAACGUAUCGGUUUGGGUUUGCGGGGCUUUCUCAGUCUCACCCUCACAUGCAAGCGGCUUGCGCCUGUCGCUGGAGAAGUGCUAUAUUGCGACGUUUCGCUACCUCAACUCCCCUCCGAAAGCAGCCCGCAUUGUUCCCGGCUCAUCUCCUUCCUGCGAACCAUUAUCAAGCAUCCGGAGAUGGCUUCCCGCGUAUCCCAUCUGGCCGUGUGGGUACAGAAAGGCAGAGUAUUGCGGGCUCCCAACGGCGGCCUGUGUAAAUGUGCCACCUGA